CAUUUGGGUGGUUGGGGAGCAAACAUGACAACAAGGGGAAGACGGAACUAGAGAAGAAUCGGCUUUGCAAACUCGGUAUUUCCUUUGAAGCCAGAAAUGACUCACGUUCUCCACAACUCAUUCACUGCUCCUGCCCUGGGAUCUUCGAGAAGGCGGUCGAGUAACAGAGACCGCUUGCUGCGGCUUCGUUGUUCCUCCUUGCAGCCCAAUCUCCAAGAAGGAGAUGGAGAGACCGAUAACGGAAGAGUUCAAGGCCGAAAGCACGUGAUUCUGAUUGAGAGAUAUGGCAAUGGAACCACUAGAAGAUACACAUUGGAUGAUGACUUGACAUCACAAACCUUCUAUGAGGAGCAUGAGUCUGGGAACGAUAAGCUUCAGGACUUCCAUUUCUCUGACCCCAAACUAUCCUGGCUUCCAAAUAUCGUCAAAGAUUUUGUUUUACCUUCUGGCUUCCCAGGUUCGGUUUCUGAUGAUUAUCUGCCGUACAUAUUGCUACAGUUCCCUACAAACAUUACUGGAUGGAUCUGUCACACCUUAGUCACAUCAAGUCUCCUAAAGGCUGUUGGUGUUGGCACUUUCUCUGGUACUACUGCUGCUGCUUCUGCUGCUGCCAUCAGAUGGGUAUCAAAGGAUGGCAUUGGCGCUGUUGGGCGCUUAUUCAUUGGUGGGCGGUUUGGAAAUCUUUUUGAUGAUGAUCCAAAGCAAUGGCGCAUGUAUGCAGACUUCAUUGGUAGUGCAGGAAGCAUCUUUGAUCUAACUACACAACUUUAUCCUGCCUACUUUUUGCCAUUGGCGUCUCUUGGGAAUCUUGCCAAGGCAGUAGCGAGAGGACUGAAAGAUCCUUCAUUCCGCGUCAUUCAAAACCAUUUUGCAAUCUCAGGAAAUCUAGGAGAGGUAGCAGCAAAGGAGGAAGUCUGGGAAGUAGCUGCGCAGUUGCUCGGCCUUGCGGUGGGCAUAUUGAUCCUGGAUUCCCCUGGCCUUGUAAAAUCAUAUCCAGCGAUGUUACUGACAUGGAUGAGCAUGCGGCUUCUGCACCUUUGGUUGCGUUAUCAAUCACUUGCUGUUUUACGGUUUAAUACGAUAAAUCUUAAGCGUGCUCGUAUACUUGUAAAAUCACAUGUUUUACACUCUACUGUACUGGGAUCUGAUGACUGCAACAAGAAAGAAAAUAUUUUAUCAUGGCAAAGAUUCAUGAAGCCGCAAAUUGAGUUUGGUGUGCCCUUGGAAAAGUUGGUUGGCCGUGAGAGAUCCAUUUCCAAGGUCAAGACACUACUGAAAUUGUAUGCAAAUGAAAAGUAUAUUCUCAUGGUGAACCAACAGCAAAGAGAUUUUGAGGUCUUCGUCUCAUUCAAGGUAGGAGCAACAAGUUUGUCAGUCUUGCGAAGUGUGUGGCAGACUUACUGGCUCCAGGAGAACUUCAAAAGCUCUGAUGGCGUAUUUGAUCAGCUUGCAGAAAGUGUACUGGAGAUGGAAAGUAGGUUUGAUGACUUCAUCUGCCAGUUGGAUAUGGCUGGAUGGGAUACACAUAACAUAAACCUGAAAGUCCCUAACGAAAUCUCUAUUCAUGAAAUUGAUCCUGUUUAACAUUUAAACGUGGAGAUCAACACAUCUUCUAUGUUAGUGAGAUUGUGAGAUGAUGCCUUGCUGGUGGACCAAAAGGAUCAGACUCCAAAACAGAGAGGAUGACCGCUGGCUUUCUAUACAGAAAGGAGCCCUACACUAGGGAAUCAGAUUUUGGCAGCAGGAAAAAUUAAGGGUGUUUGCAGUCGAUUUUUUUUAGUUUUUUUACAUGAAUAUAACUGAUCAAAUGGUUGGUUUUUUUUUUUUAAUUUUUUAUCGGUUUUUAAUAGAGAAAUGUGUAACUUUUUAUUAUAUUCAAUGAAUACAGACUAACAAUUACUAAAUACUAU